AGAGCACAGGAAGCCUACUUCUCUGUAAGUGAUGCUUCUCUGACUCCCUCUGACCAUUCCUGUCCCGUUCUCCAGCAUGCUGUGUCCAGGGCUCCCCGGAGGCUCCUGGGUGGCAGCUCUGACAGUGACACUGAUGGUGCUGAGUCCUCCCCUGGCUUUGGCCUGGGACAGGAGAGCGCGUUUCAUGGAGUAUGUUACAUCGGAGUGCCACUUCUCCAACGGGACGGAGCGGGUGCGCUUCCUGAAGAGAUACGUCUACAACCAGGAGGAGAACUUGCGCUUCGAUAGCGACGUGGGCGAGUUCCGCGCGGUGACCGAGCUGGGGCGGCCAGACGCCGAGUCCUGGAACAGCCAGAAGGAGACCCUGGAGCAGAAGCGCGCCGAGGUGGACACCGUGUGCAGACACAACUACGGGGUUGGUGAGAGCUUCACUGUGCAGAGGAGAGUGGAGCCCAAGGUGACCGUGUACCCCACCAAGACCCAGGCCCUGCAGCACCACAGCCUCCUGGUGUGCUCUGUGAGUGGCUUCUACCCCGGCCACAUCGAAGUCAGGUGGUUCCGGAACGGCCAGGAGCAGGAGGACGGGGUGGUGUCCACAGGCCUGAUCCGGAACGGGGACUGGACCUUCCAGACCCUGGUCAUGCUGGAAACAGUUCCUCGGAGCGGAGAGGUUUACGUCUGCCGGGUGGAGCACCCGAGCUGGAGCAGCCCCGUCACCGUGGAGUGGAGGGCACAGUCUGGAUCUGCACGGAGCAAGAUGCUGAGUGGAGUCGGGGGCUUUGUGCUGGGUCUGCUCUUCCUCGGGGCGGGGCUGUUCAUCUACUGCAGGAAUCAGAAAGGAGACUCUGAAGUUCAGCCAAUAGGUAACGUCCUGGAAACUUGCCUCACGGACAGAUUCGCUUUACCUUCAACGGCCUGUAACAGGGAUGAAAGAGGAAACAGAUAAUGUGAAAGAUUUUGGAUAUAAAGUUCUGGUCAGGCAGCUGCCCUAAACCUUCUUCACUUCACUUAAUAAAAUGCUGUGCUCUGAGGUAGCAUCGGUUCAGGGAGACUUAGAGAUUUUUCUUCUCUCACUGCAGUGCUGUCCUGAGAGGAGAGAGGAGCUGCAGUCAGAGUCAGCUCAGGAAUCACUGCUGUCCUCUGCCCCUCAGGACUCCUGAGCUAAGGUGAAGGUGACAGCACUGCAGGGAGGAGUUGUGUCCCUGCUUCUCUGCAACCCUGCCACAUGGUGACCGGCUUCCUGCUCGGCCCGUUCUCCCAGAGAGAGAGGCUCUCCCGUGCCCAGGACCACACAUCCCGGAGAGAGAGGCUCUCCCGCGCCCAGGACCACACAGAAGGCGCCCUCCCUGAUGGCCUCUUCUGCUCCGUGGACUCCAGGGCUUCCCUUCGUUCUCCUGGCCCCUUUGUUCGUGCUUCUGAACUCACCCUGUGGAGCAUUGCUUUGUUAUUUUCUCCGAAAAAAAUCAUGGGCUUCCUACAGUUUUGAAGACAAAAAGACAAAAGAGGAUAGAAAUGUUAUGCUUUGGGUCUACGUGACCCCCUACAUGUCCACUUACGCGGUCAUAGAUGGCUUUUUCAGAUGUGGCUGACUCUAGAGUGUGUGAUGCUGGGAUUAAGGGCCUCUGAUUACUAAACUAUUACACUGAUUGGUUUGGCAGCACCCUGAUCCUGGUAGCAUGGAUAAGAUAAAAGGGACAGAAAGACACUACUGCUAAGGUUCCCUUGUUUCUCUUGCUACCAUGUGGGUGCCAGGACCUGUUUCUCCUCUCUAAUGCCCCUCCGCCAUGUGCCUCUCUGUCUUGGGGCCGGCUGACUGUGGAGUGAAAGUUAUUUAAAAGUGUGAGCUAAAUAGACCCUUUUCCCUUUCC